UUGUGAAAUUUUAUCGUAUAUGAAUCAAAAUUCCCUCACGGGCAUUGAGGGACUUGGUUCUGGACAACAACACGAAACUUCUGUUCAUCAUUCAUUGGUAAAUCAUCAGCAGCAAACAGCGCAUUUAAUUUCAAGUGGUCAUCAUCAGCAGCAUCACCAUACAACUUUUGUGCCACCUCAUUCAAUUUCUGGUGUUUAUUUAAAUCAAGCUUCUACUACUAUGGCACAACAAAAUUCUGAGCAACAUCCUGAAGGAAUUUAUUUUAAUGGAGGACAACCACGAAUUACAACAUCCACGCCUGUUGGGGGAAAUGCGAUUCCAAUCCAGCAAACUAUGAGGAAUAAAAAACUUCAAGUUGACGAUGCACUUUCAUAUUUAGAACGUGUUCGUCAGCAAUUUGAACAAACCCCUGUUAAGUAUAAUGAGUUCUUGGAGGUUAUGAAAGAAUUUAAAUCUCAUACGAUUGACACACAUGGGGUUAUUCUUCGUGUUACUAAGCUUUUCCGAUUCCAUCCUGACUUAAUUGAUGGCUUCAAUACUUUUUUGCCGCCAGGAUUUGAGGUGCAUGUUAGUGGAGAUUUUACACAAAUUAGAGAACCUAAUGGAACUAACAAGCUGAUUAAUAAUGUCAUAGAAGUUGGUUCUGCUUCUGCCGGGGCACCUUUUAUUCAGCAAAUAAAUGCAAUUCCGUCCGAGCAUCAUUCUCAAGUCCCUAUUGUACCAAUAAAUCGUAUACCUGCUUCUAUUGUCGUUCGUCAUCAGCAAAGUCCGGGCGGUUUAUCUGCAGUUUCCUCUCCAACUUUUGAAAGAGUUUCAUCACCACAACAUCAGAUGGUUAUUGGAAAUGUUGCUAAUGCUGCUAAAAUUGUACAGCAACAAUUUCAGGGUCAACCUGUCCAUAACUCCAAUAUUUCUACUGGAGGAUCUCAACAGGUUGGGGCAUCUUUAAUAAGCCCAACAACAGCAGCACAACAAUUACAAAGUAUUAGUGAACAUCAGAAUGCUUUGAAUGUUACUCAUGAAUCUCGGCAACAGCAACACACCCAAUCUCAACAACUAUCUGUAAAUGGUCAACAACCCAUUCAUUUUGACCAAGCAUUGGGUUAUUUAAAUAAAAUUAAGGAACGUUUUGCUAAUAGGUCAGAAGUUUAUCAUCAAUUUUUGGCCAUUUUGAGUAAUUAUCAACGUGCAGAUGGGCCUCAGUCGGGUGUUUACCAAGAAGUUGCAAAACUUUUCCAUAACGAAGAAGACUUGAUGAGAGAUUUUAAAUCUUUUCUGCCUGAUGCUAGUAUCGAAUUUCCCGUUGAUCAACAAGUUCAACUAGACCACCAACUACCAAUAACUGAGCAGCAGCAGCGUUCUUUGCAGCAAAAUGAUGUUGAAUAUGAUGAAAAUUUUGUCCAAGAAGGAUUUGUUGAUUUUGUUCAGCUUGAACAAAACAAUUCAAACAAUAAUUUAGCCGACUCUAAUUUGACAACCAAUGCAACUAAAAAACGUUCGAAUACAACUGCACCUUCUGAAUAUUUGGCACAAAAGGUUUUGGAUUUUUCUGUACAUGAUGCACUUCAAAGCGAACAAAUCUUCCAAAAUUUUCUCCAUCAUCUAGCACUUUAUACAAAAUCUAUAGUUUCUAAAGGAGAAUUACUUGAUUUGGUUACACCUUUUCUUUCUUCUCAUCCUGAGCUUUUGAAGCAAUUCAAAGAUAUACUCAGUGGUAAAAGCGGCAUAGCUUGCCAACCAAACAAACAGCUUGCAGUUGAAGAUCGUUUACCUUCUGAAUCUGCUUAUCAAAUUGAUUUUACUCAUACAAAACAACUUGGUGUCAGUUAUCGUUGUAUGCCUGCGGAUUAUGAAUACCCCAUCUGUUCUGGUCGAACUGAAUUAUGCAAAGAAGUAUUGAAUGAUCGUUGGGUUUGCUAUCCUACAUGGUCAAGUGAAGAUACCUCAUCUGUAACUUUAAGAAAGUCAAUUUAUGAAGAAGUUAUGUGCCGAACUGAGGAUGAACGCUUUGAAGUUGAUAUUCUUAUUGAAACAAAUUCAACGGCAAUUGACGCAUUACAAUAUGCAUUUCGUCGUGUUGAAACAAUGAGUAAUGAAGAAGCAAAGAAGUGGAUGGUUGCUAAUGAAAAACGUUUGGGAUGUUCUUAUACUGUUAUUUCUAGAGCUAUUAAGAAAUUAUAUGGCGAAUAUGCCAAUAAAAUAUUAACAGCGUUACGUGAAAAGCCACUUGUUGCCUUACAGCAAGUCUUAAGUAGAAUGAAAGAAAAGGAUAUAGAAUGGCAAGGUGUUCGAGAUGAAUAUAAUGUUAUAUGGCGUGAUCAGGUUGAAAAGAAUUACUUGAAAAGUUUGGACCAUCAAGCACUUACAUUUAAAGCUAAUGAUGUUAAAAAUAUUAGAAGUCGUGGUAUUAUAAAUCAAUUAGAAAGUGCUUAUGACGAGAGACGUGAAAAACUCGAAGAAGGCCGUCAGGUUGAAUGGGGUCCACAUUUAUGUAUUAAAUAUUCAGCGGAUCGCCAAAUUUUUCAUGAUGCAAAUGAACUUUUACUUCAUUAUGUUAAAAGACAUUUGAAUUCGCGUGAAAAGAAAGGCAUUGAAUCGCUUCUUUUAUCAAUUAUUCCUCGUGUUUUCUUGCUUCAAGCAAAAUGGGAUGAUCAACAAUUUGGAGUGUCUUCCUCACUGUUAGAGAAGACGGCUGCUUCAACACCGAGGGAUGGGGAAUUGGAAGAUUCCGACAAGGAUGAUAAAUUUGGCAGAGGAACUCAACAACAAGAACUCUUAUAUAUUCAAUUCUUUGGUACAAAUUCUUGGAUUUUAUUUAUUCGCCUCCAUGCAAUUUUAUGUGAUCGUCUUGCUACCAUUAAAAAAUGCACUGAAGAAUUAGUAGAAGAAUAUGACGAAGAAAUUAAAUUUCGGGAAAAACAAAGACGUGUUUACAAAAAAUAUGGGGAUAGUGAAGAAUCUCAUUUAUUAAAUGCUGUAGAUGUUCAUAAAGGAUUGAGAGAAUUAAAGAAACCAUUGCAAAAUCCAGAGAAUUUUUAUCAAAUAAUGUUACAGGAAAUGAAGAAUUUGCUUGAUGGGAGUGUAGAUGCAGCAAGUUUUGAGGAUACUUUAAGAAGUAUGUUUGACACUCGUGCUUAUAUUCUCUUCACAAUGGAUAAAUUGGUUAGUACAAUAACAAAUCAUCUCAAAAGUUACAUGUCUGACAACAUUAAUUUGAAAUGUAUUGAACUCUUUGAAAAUUACUUUAGAAAAAGAUUGGAGGGUGCUGAACAUGGGGAAUGGGCACAGAGAGUUGGUUCAGAAUAUGAAGCUUUAGCCGAAAAAUUAUUAAUUAAUCAAAAUUGUUACAAAAUGUUCUUUUUCAAUCGUGAAAAUCCAAUUGUGACAAUUGAAUUGAUUGACACUAAUGAACCUGGAAGUGGAUCGGAUAUUGAUGAUGAGCAAGAGGAAGAAGUAAAGGAAAGUGCUAAUGUUGUAUCUCUGCUAGCGUGGCCUGAAUUUCUUGAAAAACAUGGAGUGAAUGAUGAAGGAUUAGCAACAAAAAUAACAGGAAUUAAAAAAUGCAAAACUUACGUUUCUCGAAAUUUACGACAUCGACGACUAAUGUUACUCAAACUUUCUGAACUUAAAAAUUUACAAAAUAAUGAAACUUCAUCAGAAAUAAAAUCAGAAGAAAAAAAUAUUACAAAAAAGAAAAUACCUCAAUUCUUUAUUAGUCGAGGCUUUUUUAAAUUGUUAAAUAUUCAAAAUCCUUUGAAAGAAAUGAAAUUUGAUAUGUUUUACGAUGGAGGAACUGAAACAGACAUAAUUAUAAAGAAAGGUGUUUUAGGGAAGAGUCUUCGCAAGAAAAAAGUAUUGGAUCGAAGAAGGCGCUGGAUAACUUGGCUAGACAAGAGACAACGUGAUCAAAUGAUUAGUGCUCGUUGGCUUACUACUGGGUGCACAACAAAAAUUGAUUCCCAUCCAAGAUUUAGAUAUCUUAAAUUUACAAGAUAUUCUUCAAGAUAA